CAUUCCGGGGUGGAGACUGAGGUGCCUCGAUGCUACUGUCAUAACCCGACAAUAUUUACAAAGCUGUCAGACUUCAGAUAUUUGUGUUGCUCUUUCUGAACAGGUUAUGGGCUUCCUGGGAUCCAGGGACCACUAAGUUAUGAAGCUCUUUCCUUCCAGACCUUCCCUGUUCUCCAGUUACUGUCACAGCCUAAGCUUUACCUGCUGCUGCUCUCCCAACCACCAUCUCUGCUCUCCCAACCACCAUCUCUGCUCAGCCUGGUACUAGCAGCUUGGCUCACUCACUUCAUCACAAAGAAGAAAAAAAGAGAAAGAGAGAGGGAGAACAGAACCCUCCCCAGCUGCCGUCCAGACACACAUGGUGCAUAGCUGCCAUUCUCUAGGCUCCAUCUAUCCCCGUGACUCGGCCUCCAGCUAGCUCCUGGCACACAAGGGAUAUAAAUAGGCAGCAUCCAGCUAGUGUGUGGAGUGUGCACUUGUUUCCUUUUUUCCCCGGGUCAUACACACGCCUAGUAGGGGUCACACCCAUUUGUUUUCUGUCUUCCCUCUGCCUGGAGCAGUGGUAGUUAGUGGUGGGACCGAGGAGAGAGUAACGAGGCAGAGACCAUGGAGGUCAAUAUGGAGUAUUGUCUUGCCCAGGUGGUGCAGAAAGACCUAGGGCGGAAGGUGCAGGUGGGACAGGAGCUCAUAGAUUACAUCGUGGAUAAGGAGAAGUCCCAGGACCUGGAGCAAGACCAGACAGCUCUGGACAGGAUGGUGGAUGGCAUCGCUACCACCUGGGUCAACUCCUCCAAUUUCAAGGUGGCUUUGCUAGGUAUAGACCUAUUAUCUGCCUUAGUGACAAGGUUACAGGACCGAUUUAGGAACCAUGUGGGAACAGUACUGGCCAGUCUGAUAGAUCGUCUGGGUGAUUCCAAAGACCAAGUCAGAGACCAAGAUCAAAUCCUGCUGCUGAAAAUCAUGGAGCAGGCUGCCUCCCCACAGUAUGUUUGGGACAGAAUGCUGGGAGGCUUCAAACACAAGAACAACAGGACCAGAGAGGGAGUGUGCCUUUGUCUCAUCUCAACUCUCAACAUGUACGGAGCCCAAGGCCUAACCCUCAGUAAAAUAGUCCCUCACAUAUGUAAUCUUCUAGGAGAUCCCACCAGUCAGGUGAGAGACGCAGCUAUGGGCUGCCUGGUGGAGAUCUACAGACACGUGGGGGAGAGGGUGAGGAUGGACCUUAGCAAGAAGGGCCUACCACAGUCACGGUUGAAUGUAAUCUUCAGCAGAUUUGAUGAAGUCCAAAGAUCUGGGAACAUGAUCCCAUCCUCAGGUUCAGAUAAGAACUUUGAUGAUGAGGACUCUGUGGACGGGGGUCGGUCCUCCUCCUCUGCAUCGUCCUCCAAGGCGCCCCCCAGUGGUAGGAGGGCUGUAGCUGCGGUUUCUGUCCGCAGGCCCAGCUCUGCCACCGGACCCGGCAAGAUCUCUGCUAAAGAUGCUGCUGCAGGUGCUGUUGAUGAGGAGGACUUCAUCAAGGCUUUUGAAGAGGUUCCUACAAUCCAGAUCCACUCCAACAGAGAUAUGGAGGACAAUCUCUCCAAGGUUCGGGAGGUUCUAUCUGACGACAAAAAUGACUGGGAGCACAGAGUUGUCGCCCUGAAGAAGGUUCGUUCUCUGCUCCUGGCUGGAGCGCUGGAGUAUGAUAGUUUCCCUCAGCAGCUCCGUCUGCUGGAGGCYCCUCUGAAGCUGUCAGCUAAAGACCUGAGGUCCCAGGUGGUACGAGAGGCCUGCAUCACACUGGGAUACCUGUCCAUGUUGCUGGGCAACAAGUUUGACCACUGUGCAGAGACCCUGAUGCCCACACUGCUCAACCUGGUGCCCAACAGUGCCAAGGUGAUGGCCACGUCUGGCAUGGCAGCCAUACGUCUCAUCCUCAGGCACACACACUACUCACGUCUCAUCCCCAUCAUCACUAGUAACUGCAUGUCCAAAUCAGUGGCCGUCAGAAGGCGCAGUUAUGAGUUCUUAGAGCUGUUAUUACUGGAGUGGCAGACACACACACUGGAGAGGCACGUGGCUGUUCUGACUGAAACCAUCAAGAAAGGGAUCCAUGAUGCUGACUCAGAGGCCAGAUCGGUCGCGAGAAAGUGUUAUUGGGGUUUCCAUGGCCACUACAGCCGGGAGGCGGAGCAUCUGUUCCAGGCCCUGGAGUCAACCUAUCAGAAGGCUCUGCAGUCUCACCUGAAGAGUUCUGACAGUGUCGUGUCUCUCCCCCAAUCAGACCGCUCAUCCUCCUCCUCACAGGAGAGCCUCAACCGGCCCCUGUCUGUCAAGAGUGCCAUAGGAGGCAGCAUGACAAGGGGUAAGAUGGUGAGUUCCAGGGUGAACUCCAACUCCGGCGGUUCUCUUCAGCGUUCCCGUAGUGAUAUCGACGUGAAYGCCGCGGCCAGCGCCAAGUCACGCCUGAUCACCGUGCCCUCCGCUUCUCCCUUCAGCUCAGCAGCUGCCCUGCCCCCAGGCUCCUACGCCUCACUAGGCCGUGUGCGUACGAGGAGAACAAGCUCCGGCAAUGCCGUCGGAGCCAGCGCUACUGUGACUGACAGCAGGGGGCGCAGCCGAGCCAAAAUGAUGUCCCAGUCCCAGCGAUCCAGAUCUGCUAACCCCACUGGGGGUGGUAAGGCCCGAACUUCAUCCAAUCAGACUGGCAGUCGCUCCAGUUCCCCUGGCAAGCUGCUGGGCCACUCGUCUGGGUACGGGAGGAUCAGCAGGCCCCCCGCAACCUCCAGCACYCCUGCAGACAAGAGGAGCAAGGUCCCCCGCAGCCAGGGCUGCAGUAGAGAUUCCUCGCCUAACAGACUGGGCCUAGCAAGGAGCCGUAUCCCCCGGCCCAGCAUGAGUCAGGGCUGCAGCAGGGACACAUCUAGGGAAAGCAGCCGAGACACCAGCCCUGCUCGGGGCUUCAAGCCUCUUGCCUCCCGACGUACCUCCCGCUCUACCAGCGCCUUAUCCACGGCUGACCCCCACAGCCAGUCAGACCGAUUUGGUUUGAUCCACCAGGCCCGCAUUUCUGCCUCGGUGAACGCCAUGAGAGUCCUCAACACUGGCACUGAGGUGGAGGCUGCUGUGGCUGACGCACUGCUAUUAGGAGACUCCAGAAAUAAGCGGAAGCCUAUGAGGCGGCGCUAUGAGUCUCCUGGUAUCUAUUCUGACGAUGACGCUAACAGUGAUGCGUCCAGCGCCUGCUCGGAACGGUCGUACGGCUCCCGAAACGGAGGUAUCCCUCACUACCUGCGUCAGACAGAGGAUGUGGCAGAGGUACUCAACCACUGUGCCAGCUCCAACUGGUCUGAGAGGAAGGAGGGACUGCUGGGACUGCAGAACCUGCUGAAGAGUCAAAGAAUACUCAGCCGGGUGGAGCUGAAGAGACUCUGUGAAAUCUUCACCAGAAUGUUUGCAGAUCCACACAGCAAGAGGUUGUUCAGUAGUUUUCUAGAGACUCUGGUAGACUUUAUCCUGGUGCACAGAGAGGACCUGCAGGACUGGCUGUGUCUGCUCACCCAGCUACUGAAAAGAUGGGUGCUGACUGCUGGGUCUGUCCAGGCCAAGGUUCAGAAGGCUCUGGACAUCACAGUCUUUCCGUUUGAUCAGCAGUUUAACAUCCUGAUGAGGUUCAUUGUGGAUCAGACACAGACACCUAACCUAAGUCUAAACCAUGUGAAGGUGGCCAUCCUGAAGUACAUAGAGUCACUGGGAAGACAGAUGGAUCCUACAGACUUUGUCAACUCCAGUGAAACGCGACUGGCUGUAUCUCGCAUCAUUACGUGGACCACAGAACCCAAGAGCUCUGACGUCAGGAAGGCGGCACAGGUGGUGCUGAUCUCUCUGUUUGAGCUGAACACCCCGGAGUUCACCAUGCUGCUGGGAGCCCUGCCCAAGACCUUCCAGGACGGGGCCACCAAGCUGCUCCACAACCACCUCAAGAACUCCAGCAACACCAGCAGCGUGAGUUCUCCCAGCAACACUAUUGGGCGGACCCCACCCCGCCACACCCCCAGCCGGACCAGCCCCCUCACCUCUCCGACCAACUGCUCCCACGGUGGGCUGUCUCCGAGUCGGUUGUGGGGUGGGUGUUGGAGUGGCGAUGGGCUGUCUAAGCACCCCCCUCCCCCUCAUCCUCCUCCGCCUCCCUCCACCCCCUCUGGCCCCGCCCUCAGGGUCCUCCGCAGAGCGUACUCUCCCAGUAUGUUGGAGUAUGACACAGAGAACAUGAACUCUGAUGAGAUCUACAGCUCCCUGCGAGGGGUCACAGAGGCCAUCCAGAGUUUCAGCUAUCGCAGCCAGGAGGACCUCAACGAACCAAGAGGGAAGAGGGACGAUGCUGUGGGGCGUGAAGGUGUGGCGUCCUCCCCAGGCUCAGAUGCCCGUUUGGGGCUGGAUGUGGUGGAGGGUGGGCGUACAGCCUUGGAUAACAAGACCUCCCUCCUCAACACUCCAUCUCCCCGCUCCUUCUCCGGGCCGCGGGCCAGGGAGUUCGCCCCCUACGGGUAUGGGGACACCAUCACCUCAUCCUACGACAAGAGUGCCCUAAAGGAGGCCGUGUUCGACGAUGACGUGGAACAGUUCAGAGACUGCUCCCAGGACCACUCAGACCUUGUGGCAGAUCUUCUGAAGGAGCUGUCCAAUCACAAUGAGCGUGUGGAUGAGCGUAAGGGGGCCUUGGUGGAGCUGCUGAAGAUCACACGAGAGGACAGCCUGGCCGUGUGGGACGAACACUUCAAGACCAUCCUCCUACUGCUUCUGGAAACACUGGGAGAUAAAGACCACACCAUCCGGGCCCUGGCUCUGCGGGUACUGAAGGAGAUCCUGAGAAACCAACCGGCCCGCUUCAAGAACUAUGCUGAACUCACCAUCAUGAAGACCCUGGAGGCACACAAAGACUCCCACAAGGAGGUGGUACGGGCAGCGGAGGAGGCUGCCUCCACCCUAGCCGGCUCCAUCCACCCAGAGCAGUGUAUCAAGGUGCUGUGUCCUAUCGUCCAGACGGCUGACUACCCCAUCAACCUGGCUGCCAUCAAGAUGCAGACCAAGGUGAUAGAACGCAUCACCAAGGAGUCCCUCCACCAGCUGCUGCCUGAUAUCAUACCAGGACUACUGCAGGGCUAUGACAACACGGAGAGUAGUGUUCGCAAGGCCAGUGUGUUCUGUCUGGUGGCCAUCUACUCCGUGAUUGGAGAAGAGCUCAAACCACACCUGCAGCUACUCACAGGCAGCAAGAUGAAGCUGCUGAACUUGUACAUCAAGAGGGCCCAGACGACCAACAGCAACAGCAGCAGUUCCUCGGAUGUGUCCUCACACAGCUAGCUGUAGGAGGGAUCUGCCUGUCUGUACUUUGCAUCUAAAUUAGGGGAUAUAGUGUGUGUCCUAAAUGGCAUCCUAUUCCCUAUAUAGGCCACUACGUUUGGGCUCUGGUCAAAAGUAGUGCACUAUAUA